CUGAAAAUCUCAGUAAGAUAUUGUACCUAGUCGAACUAUUUUUUGCGUGACACUUAAACGCAUUUGACAGCAAAUAUAAUUUUCUAACCAUUGUAUAGUGAGAGAAAUUCAGAGGUGAACGAUUUACUGUGUAAUCAGUAGAUGAGUAUUGAACAUCAUAUAAAAUAGUCGAAUGGAGUAUCACAGGUAGAUAGUACUUGAAUCUUUACGCAUGUGCCUUGCGCUGAUGUGACAAGUUAUCGUACUUUACCUGUCAGGUGGGAACGUGACUGAAGUUCAUCUCUCUGUUGUGGGUUGUGUGUAAACGUUAUUGUGAAGUUGCAGUGCAGUGAAAUUGCAGUGUUUGUUGUUGUUUGGAAUCAAAUGGAUAACUGAUUGUUUGUAAAAGGACCAUAAUACAUUGAAUAUUGAAACUAUGGCAUAUCGAAAUGGAUAUUCAGAAGACGAGAGGGAAUUGGACAUAGACGAAAGAAUUAUUGAUGAAGGGAAACCAGUUCAUAUCAUUGAACAUCUAGCCACAUUCACCGUAACCAAAGAAACUGGUAUCCUUUAUCCUGCUGACGGUAUGAGAAGACUGCUCCAGCUAGAAAAAACUAAUGGUAUUUGGUCACAGAAAAUGCAAUUAUGCUUAGACAACUCUUGGGUCCUAAUCAUGGAUUAUGAAACUGACAGUAUAAUGGAACGGUUUCCUGCCAAUUCCAUUCAAGAACCAACUGCAUUCAUGAGUCAGGAUCCUAUGGAGAUGUAUAAUAAUAUUUUGGUUUUCAUCGUGACGAACUCAAAUCAGUCCCAUCCUCCAGAGAUGCAUAUAUUCCAG